GCAGGCAGUCGGUGUACAGACAUCGUAGUGUUCGGUCGGUGUGCGGGACUGCCUUAUCUCUUAACUCAGCUUCAAGACACAAUGGUCAUGCAGGGAAGACGAGCCUUGUGUUGCGCGGCCUUGGUGAGCCUGGCGCUCGCCUCGGCGCUCGCCAAGCCACAGAACUUCGACUUCAACUCGCUCGCGGACGGAGGCAACCCCUUCGUCGUGCAGGCACAGCCAGUCGCCGACGGCGGCAGGUCGCCCGCCGCGCCCGUGCCCGUCUUCAACGGCGCCGCUGCGCCAGGAGGAGCAAACGUCGAGACCUGCCCCAACUUCGAGACUCCCAUCCACACCAUCUCCACCUGCCGAGGCGUGUCUGAGGUCGUCCACGAUGGCUCCUGCGACAACCAGAUCACCUGGAGCAAGGGAUCCAUGUGCGAGGCCGUUUGCGAGCUCGGCUACGGAUUCUUCGAGAAGCCCGCCCCCAAGUACUCCUGCGACCAGGGCGGCAUCUGGGCUCCUGCUGGAAAGGCUCCCGAGUGUUACGAGAUCGUGCCCGUGUUCUCGGCCAACCUCCAGUUCAAGAUCGUGUACAAGCGGUCCAGCAUCGAGAACCUCCAGCACCAGUUCGACGGCCUCGUCUACAAGUACAACGACAUCUUCUGCCCUUACCCCGAGGAGUGCGGCAUCGGCGACCUCCAGAUCAAGAGCUCUCUCGACGACGAGGGCAGCAAGCUGAGCGAGGUCAUCAUCACCAUCGACACCCCCGUCUACAACAUCACCGACCAGUCCGGCUUCAUCGACCUGGUGCGCGAGGCCGUGUUCACCGUGACCGAGGACAACGCCUUCAUGACCCUCAUCGACUACGACAACAUCGCCCUGGUUCUCCCCGUCAAGAACAAGAGCAACUUCAAGGCCGACCCUCAACUCUGCUGCCACACCUGUCCCGAGGGCCACGCGUACAGGCUCGGCAACUGCGUUCGCUGCCCGACACCGGACUGUGCUUAGUGGGAAGCCGCCAUCCCCAACUACCGCCCCUAACAGUACCUCAUCCAAUCAGCGUCUUCCAACGCCCUCCAGCCAAUUACAAGCCUUCCUCUGAGUCCGUCCGGUGAUUCUCCGUGAUUCUCAUUGGUCCACGUCGCGAAAAGGGGCGU